UUUAUUGAAAAAUUUGGUUAUUCUUUUUUCAUUGCUUUAAAAUUUAGUAAUUAUAUGCUCGAUUUUAAUUAUUCUUGAAUAUAUCGUUGAAAAGAAGCUCUACGUUCUUCGAGAUGACCUCAGAAUAAUAAAUUUCAUCGUCCAAGUUGUACCAAGAAGAGCUAUCGUUGGUGAACAAACAUCCAAAAUGAACCCAGAAAAAACUGAUUACACUCCGAUCAAACAAUUACUGUACAGACGCCUCACCGAAAGCGGUUGGUGCGACCAAGUUAGGAUGCUCGUUCGUUUAAAAUUAAAAGAGAAUAGGAAUAUUUCUGUCAACGAAUUGGUAGAAAGCUCUUUGCCAAAGGCUAGAGGAAUAGUUCCAGCUGCAAUUAAACGUGAAAUGUUGCAGAAAUUAAAGGACGAAAUUUUACGAGAUAGUGGAUAUUACGACGCUGAAGGAAAUCCAUCGUAAUUUUUGUGCUUUAAACACUUUUCCUCUUUGGCUUCUCCCUUAUUGAUAUUUCAUCUUUCCAUUCAACCAUUUCUCGUAUUGUAAAUAUGUAUGUUUUUUAAUAAUUUUUUCGAAUCAAUAUAUUAUUAUAUCCUUUGCUAUGUAUAUUUUCGUUUAUGUUGAGAAAGAAACAUUAUAGUUUAACAUAAAAACAUUAUAUUGAGAUAUUUCUGACAACUUUAGGUACUAUUAUAACUAUAUACAUUCACUUCGGUUUGGGAAAAUCUUUCAAUAACGUGUUGACUUGAGGAGCUGAUAAAUCUUUCAAUCCAGGCGUCACUAUACCGGAACGUUGGUUCUUUAUUUUUUGAUCUCUAUUGGCGAAAUAACUCUCGUUACAUUGGCGAAAUUUGUUUGUUUCAUUGGUGCACAUCGUCUGAUCGAAUUCGUUUUUCUUCAAGCAAGCCAUCAUGAUGAACAUUUCUUGAAUACAGGCACCGCUACUGAACUUCUGUUUAUUACCAGCUACAUUGCUUCUUAAUUCCAUACGCAUUUCUGGUCUGAAUUUUAUAUGCUUCUCGUUUGUGGUGUAUUUCUGCCAUGGGUAACGUCUGUAUAGCGUUUCGGUUAACUUCAUGAUGGUCCAAAGCACAAGACGAUGUAACAAUGACGACAGAAAAUGGAAGGAUCACGAAUUUACGUUGUUAGCAUGUAGAAGAUCAGGAGUAGUAACGAAUUUGACACAAUUUUCUACUAAAUUUUCAUAUUUUUCGCUAGAUUUUCCCAAAUUUAGCUGUUUUAUCAUUUUCUGAUUUUCUGAAUUUUCUGAU